AUGAACCCCAAGCUCGGAGCAUUCUGGCGGAGGUUCGUGUUCAACGUACCAGUACCAAGAGGCAGACUAGCAAGAACUCCAGCCGAAGUGGAAUCAAUAUACUCGGAGCUAGGUGUACCAUGCAUCAUCAAGGCCCAACUCCCCCAAAGCUAUCAGGCUCAGGGUGUGUUUGAAGAUGGCCUUACAGGGAGAUUCAAGAGAGCCCGGAGUUCUGAGGAGGCAGUGGACAUGUCCAAAAGCAUGCUCGGGCGCCGUUUCAGGACAACAGAGACGGGCGACGGUGUUCUUGUUGAAAAGGUUUACGUCACCGAGAUGAUUAAAAGCCGUUGUAAAUGGCACCUAACAAUCACAUUUGACCGAGAAAGGUACUGUCCAGUCAUCAUCGCAUCGCGAACUGGCGGGGAAGCCCUAGAUCAGGAACAACCCGAGAGACUGCGUACAACCAAGUUCGGAUUGACUGAAGGGAUCACUUCAGAAGUUGUCGACAAAGUCUCCAAAGUCCUCCAAGCAAGCCCCGCAGAAAAGGAGAACCUGAGAAGCGUCCUUCAGGGGUUGUGCCAGGUUUUCAAGAGCAAAGACGUCACUUCGCUCGAAGUCUACCCUAUCAUCAACGCGAUCGAUGAGACGAUUACCUGUGUCGACACGAAGAUUACCAUAGACGAUGCAGCUAUUAAGAGACAGGAGGACAUCUUCGCUCUGAGAGAUCGGGCGCAUGACAUUGCUGAAGAGGCAGAGGCCGAGAAAUACGGUUUGGUGUACGUCAAGAUGGACGGUAACAUCGGCAACGUGGUAAACGGUGCUGGGCUCGCGAUGGCCACCAAUGACGCCAUCGCUCUUCAUGGCGGUGCCAGCGCGAACUUUCUGGACGCCGGUGGCCAGGCAACUAAGGAGACGAUGGUGAAGGCAUUUGAGAUUAUCCUGCGGGAUACCAGAGUCAAGACGAUCCUGGUCAACAUAUACGGCGGAAUCACCCGAGGUGACAUGAUUGCGGAGUCGAUCAUCGGCGCCGCAACCGAGUUGGGUCCAUUGAAGGUGCCCAUGGUAGUGCGGCUUCAGGGUACAAACUCAGAGCUGGGCCUGAAGAUGCUGGAAGAAGCGAAAAUGGGACUGCACACAGAGGCAGAUUUCGGCAAGGCAGCGCAGAAGGCAGUAGAGCUGGCUAGAUCCCCAACGUAG